AUGAAAAUAGUGACAAACAUAUUAGUGGAUGACAUAACUAAGUCAAACACAAAAACAACAACAGAUAAUAAUAAUAAUAUAUCAAUACAAGUGGACAAUGGGCUCAUACCUACUACACAACCAUCAUCAUCGACGACACCCGGACAUAACAAAUCGCCAGUCAAUGGUAUGGUCGCCAAACUGGUGGCACUGCCCGAACACAUACCGGCGUUUGGAUUGUUUAGCGCAUUGUUUGGUGUUACAAUGUUUUCGUUGGCCUCACUUAUUGUCAAACUAUUGACUGAAUUACAUUCAAUUGAGAUACUAGUGUUCAGAUGUGUCAUACAAUUUGUACCGUAUUUCAUACUAACAGUCCAUAAAAAACAUCCAUUUUUCGGUAUCGUCGGUCAUCGUCUAGAUCUAGGUCUACGGUGUCUAUCGGGUACGAUAUCGAUGAUAACACUUUAUAUGGCCUAUCGGUUGAUGCCACUAACCGAUGCCUCUACUAUCUAUCUGUCGUCACCAUUGUUUGUAACAAUAUUUGCCUAUAUAUUACUAAAAGAAAAGGUAACUAUAGUACAGGCCCUGACCGGUAUCUUAACCAUUGUCGGUGUGUUUAUCAUAUCGAAACCGGUGUUCCUGUUUGGUGAGACUAAUGAUGAUAGCAAUGCAGUUGAUAUAUACCCAAACCGUAUGACUGGUAUCAUACUGUCCAUAACUGGUGCCGUCACAAGUGGCUACUCGUUGAUAAACUUGCGUAAACUACGGUCAACACCAGUACCCGUAAUAGUCAUGUGGUAUUCAAUGGUAACAGUGGUUAUCGGUAGCGUACUCUUACCGUUUAUCGAUCGUUGGAUUCUACCCUAUGGUUUGACCACUUGGCUACUACUAUUGGCCAUCGGUAUUGCCGGUGUAUUCAACCAACUGUUCCUAACGUUGGCACUCAAGUACGAGUCGGCCGGUCCUAUAUCAGUGACCAGAAGUUUCAAUAUUGUACUGUCAUUUAUAUGGGAAGUUACCAUAUUUUACGAACCGGUCGAAUGGACAUCAAUAGCUGGAGCCGGCCUUAUAAGCUCCUGUGUUGUCAUUAUUGCACUGAAUAAGUGUUAUCAGGAAAAUCCUGAAAAGUUUCAGAAAUUUUAUGGCCGACUGUUGUUGUGUUGUAAACCUCAGUAUAGAUCAGAGUCCGACUCAAUAGUGGACACAAUAAGUGAAUCAAUUGAUAAACAAACUAAUAAUUAA